AUGGCUGACGUUGAUGCUGCUAAGCCACCAACCCUUUCUGAGCAAUAUUUCCUGAAGGGGAAAGACAAACCCGUGGAAGAUGUUAAAACUCCAGUUGCUACUACUGUUGAGGAAACUGUUGUUGAAACAGUCAAAGCUGUUGAAGAAAGUCCUGCAGUUGAGAGUUCUGAUCCUGUUGAAAGCAGUGAAACAAAUGAGGCCGCUUCAGUUGAAAGCGCCGAAGCAGCUCCUGUUGCCGCAAGUUCUGAAGCCACUCCUGCAGCUGAAAGCUCUGAUACAGCUCCUGCUGAAAGCACUGAAGACGCCCCUGCUUCUGAAGCUGCAAGUGGAGAUGACUCACCUGCCACUGAAGAGGCUAGUGAAGAAGCUGAAGCUGCCGAGGAUGAUGCCCCAAAGAUUAAGCUCGAGACUGCUCCUGCAGACUUCCGUUUCCCAACUACCAAUCAAACCCGACACUGCUUUACCCGCUAUGUUGAAUACCAUAGAUGCAUAGCAGCAAAAGGUGAUGAUGCUCCUGAGUGCCAGAAGUUUGCCAAAUAUUAUCGCGCCCUUUGUCCAGGGGAAUGGGUCGAUAGAUGGAACGAGCAAAGGGAGAAUGGCACCUUCCCGGGUCCUUUGUAG